CUCCAUCUCAAUUAACCAUAUCAAGUUCCCAAGGCGUGCUUGAACGCUACCCACAUUAAAAACCAUGGCUGCACCCCGGAUAACAUUAUAUUUGGAUAUUGUUAGCCCAUUCGGGUAUAUCGCCUUCCAUGUAUUGAGAAACUCCCCUGUCUUCGCCAAGUGCAAUGUCACCUAUGUCCCCAUCUUCCUGGGAGGAUUGAUGAAUGCCUGCGGAAAUACGCCUCCCGUGAAGAUUAAGAACAAGGAUGUCUGGAUCGGAAAGGAACGGCUCCGUUGGGCGCGUUACUUCUCCGUUCCCAUGAUCGAGAGCACCCCGGAAGGCUUCCCGCCGUUGACUUUGGCGACGGAACGCGCGCUCUGUGCCGUCUCGGUGAAGUCGCCGGGGAAGCUUAUCCCGACUAUCGAGGCCCUCUAUCAUUCAUUCUGGGUGCAGGGGAAUGCUAAGAUCGGACAGGUCGAAGGGUUUACUCCGGUGCUCGAGAGUGUCUUGGGGAAAGAUGGGACUCAGGAAAUUCUGCAAGCUAUGAAUCACGCAGAGGUCAAGGAACGUCUGAAGGCGAACACAGAUCAAGCUUUUAAAUCCGGUGCUUUUGGCAUUCCUUGGUUUGAAUGCACCAAUACCAAGGGCGAGACGGAGGGUUUCUGGGGAAUUGAUCAUCUCGGCCAAGCGGCAGACUUUUUGGGUCUGGAUCGCGGUUCGGACAGGGGAUUCAGAGCGGUUUUGUAGAGUCGCGUGGAAUUGUGGGAGUUCAGGGAGCAUAUAUUAUCCACAUGGGUGCACGUUUUACUUCAUAUUUGGCUGUUUCUCUUUCAAUGCGGUUCUUCUGUGAGAUUGACGUUACUCAUAAAGUUGACACAUAAGCCACUAUCUUCUCCUUGGUAGACGAGCAUCGCUUCUAUUCUUUUCUCGGAGGAACUCGGCAAUCUUCUCGUUGUCCAUCUUGUCAAUAAGGUCGAUCUCGUCCUGGCUGGGUGAGGUAUCAACUUCUUGGGUUUCGUUUUUACUUCCGGUAGCCAUCGAGCGAACCUGCUCCCAAACGUUCUGCACGGACUCAUUGGUGGCCGCAGUUGUGAGUUUGUUCUUAGCCUCGUUGAUCGAAUUUCCCGCGACACUAGCGAUACUAUUCGUGACAUUCGUGAGUGAGCUCUCCGAAGCCGUGGAAUCAUUACGCGGCGCAUCAUAGGCCUGUCCUUGAGUCGCUGUAGUCGAGAUUGUAGUGGACGCAGUAGACGCAGUAUGGUCUGCAGUUGCAAAAUUCUCGGUUGGCUCCAUGACUAAAAUCGCAUCCACUCAAACCAAAUAUCAAAAAGUUUUAUCUUGACAUGACAGUCGGUGAAAAGUAAACAUGAG